AUGGGCAGCACUUCGCUGUCGGAGGACUAUCGCCUGUGCCUGGAGCGCGAGCUGCGGCGCGGGCGCGCGGGCGUAUGCGGAGAUCCCUCGCUGCGUGCCGUGCUCUGGCAGAUCCUGGUGGAGGACUUCGACCUGCACGGGGCGCUGCAGGACGACGCGCUGGCGCUGCUCACCGACGGCCUGUGGGGCCGCGCCGACCUGGCGCCCGCGCUGCGCGGACUGGCGCGCGCCUUCGAGCUGCUGGAGCUCGCUGCCGUGCACCUGUACCUGCUGCCCUGGAGGAAGGAGUUCACCACCAUCAAGACCUUCUCUGGGGGCUACGUGCACGUGCUGAAGGGUGCACUCUCUGAGGACCUCCUCACCAGAAGCUUCCAGAAGAUGGGCUACGCACGCAGGGACAACCACCGGCUCACAGUGACAGCGCCGCCUCCUGCGUGCCAGCUGGUGCAGGUGGCCUUGGGCUGCUUUGCGCUGCGCCUGGAGUGUGAGAUCAUGGACGAAGUGCUGACCCAGCUGGGCACCAGCCUGCUACCAGCCGAGGCAUUGCUGGCGGCAAGGCGGGCCAGUGGGGACGUGGCCUCCUGUGUGGCCUGGCUGCAGCAGCGACUGGCCCAAGCCGAGGACCCUCCACCACCUCUGCCCCCCCGCAGCUCACCGGCAGCACUCAGGUGUGCGUUGGACUUGUACCGGGACCUGGGGGAGGAGGAGGGUUCGGAAGAGGAAGCCAGCCUAUAUGGGGGCUCCUUGCCAGGCACUGUCUCACCACCUCCAGAGCCUGCCUUUGAGGAGCCACUCUGGGAGCAGAGUGCACAGGUGUGGGGUGUGGGGGGCCCAGCCUGGGAAGCCCCUGCAGACAGCCCACCCUACAGCACCUUCGAGGAGGAGCCAGAGCCAGCUCCCUUCUCCUUCCUCUCGCUGCGCCAAGAGCUGGGCCAACCUUCAGAUUUGGCCGGCCCAGAGGGCUUCCCAGAGCACAGCUGCCUGCAGCCUGGUGCUCCAGCAUUUGGUGAGCCCCUGAGGCACACAUGGCUGGCUCGCUCUCGAGUGGAUGCCCUGGCUGGUGCCCCAAGGGCCGGGUCAUAG